GGUGCGGUGUUUGUUUUCAUAAAAUACUUUUAAACGCUAAUUAUUCCUAUUAACUUUAAAUAUAAUUGCUGACUUUAAGUGCUAUUAACAUGAAUGAGCCGGAGAUAGUAGAUGAACGGCCCGACCGGGUCUUAACAAAACAGCUCGUGAAACCGGGCGACUACAACGUUGUGCCGUACGAAGACGCGCGCUGCAAGGUCCGGCUCAGCGACGUUACCUGCACCAACGCGGCUGGAGACUGCGAAAUAGAGCCCGAGAGUCGGGUGUUCAAUAAAAGCUUCGACGGGAUAGUUCUAAUCGGUGACUCGGACUCUUUCAUUGAUAAAGAUUUCGAGUUGAUUCUGCAGCGUAUGUGCCGCGGUGAGACUUGUACGGCUAAAAUAGUGUAUAAAGAUGCUAAAGGGGAACUCGUGAAGGAGAUAAGUUGUAAGAUAGAGUUGUUGGAAGCUAUGGAUGAGAUGCUAGUGGCAGAUUGGAGUUGGGACCGUCUCUACGAAGCGGCGCUGCACCACAAGGCGCGUGGAGUGGAGCUGGUGAAGCACAAGAGGAUCGCCGAUGCCUUCCGUCGCUUCAACAAGGCACUGAAGAUGCUUGUGGCCAUAGAGCCCAUUGAUCCGGAGAAAAUUGACGAGGCUCGGAUUAAGGAAAUGGUUGAUACCAAGAUAAAACUGCUCAACAACCUCACACACUGCCAGCUCCACUAUGAAGAGUACCAGGCAGCGUUUGACCUCUGCACCUGCACCCUCAAGUACGACAAUGACAACAUUAAAGCCCUGUACCGCCGGGCCGUAGCUAACUAUGGCCUGCAGAAGUAUGAGGAAGCUUGGAUGGACAUACAGCAAGUGCUCAAACUGGACCCUAAUGACAAAGCGGCACAGCAGAAAGCCCUGCUGAUAGAACCUAAGAUGAGGACCGUUAAUAAAGAAUAUAAAAAUGUAAUUAAGAAAAUGUUUGGAUAAA